AUGGCAGCAGGAACAAGAGGGCCCAAAAGGGGAGGAAAGGAGAAUGCCCCUCUAGCACAAGUAGACGACGAUGUACUAGCAAGCGGGGUGGUCGAUGAUAUCCCGGACGUUCCAGUGAAACCCGCCAAAGCUGCCCCGAAAGCCGCAGCGAAGGGCAGGACCGCCAAGGCGAGAGCGGCUCCAGCUGCGGCCGCGGUAGAAGAGGCACCAACAGCGGUGGAGGAGGUGGAGGUGGAAAGGCCUGUCAAGCCGGAGAGUGCAGCAGGGAAGGGAGCGGUGUCGCAGAAGAAGGUGGAUCAGCUCGAAGUUGAGAGCAAGCGUCUCCGAAGUCAACGAGACGACUAUGCUCGGCAAUUCGAGGAGCUGUCCAAUCUGCGGAAUACGUCCGCCGAGAGCACGCUGGAGAAGUUCAAAGCGAACAUCGAGGUUCAGGGAAAGGCCAAGGACGACAUCAUCUCUACCCUCACUCAGCUGAAUGAGAAGCUGCAAGCCAAGAUUCAAGGUCUCGAGAAGGCCGCUCGGGCCGACGCGCCCAAGGCGGACCCGAAGGAGAUCAAGGCGCUCAAGGAAGCGGCGGAGAGGGCGGACGCGGAUCUCGCAAAGAGGAAUACAGAAUAUGCGGAGCUAGAGAAGAUGUACAAGGCGGAACAGCAGUUCUCCCAAGGCCUUCAAGCGUCCCGCUCAACCGCCCCUGCGCCGACUGUCGACAAAGUCGUCUCGCCUGACGAGUCCGCCGAAGACGCAGCGAUCAUCCGGCUCUACGAGGACAUUACGGAGCUAAACUGCGUGGGCGUCAAGAUCAGGGACGGGCGGUAUGGGCCCAAAGACAAAAUACUGGACUUCAACUGUAUCCUUACGCCAGGACAGGGAUCAAGUAUCAACUUCCGCCUCCGUACCUUCAAAGAGCUCGACCCGGCCAAACAAGCUCAACGCGCUCGGAACCCCUACAACGCCAUCGUCCAGUUCACACCCGAGCUCUCGCGCGAGACGGACCAGGCGUUCAUCCAGCGCCUAGGCAAGUUCCAAGAGGAGAUUCGGUUCAUGCAGGAGGAAUUGCCGGGGGUUAUGCGGGAUCUGAGGAGUAGGGUCGCUGGAGAGGCGGAAUGA